AAUCACGUGGCAGUGCGCACGUGCGAGUGCUACAUGGUCUCAGCUCAGCGAGCAUGGGCUGACAUGCGAACUGAGGGGGAGAGACUUGGAGCCGAGGCAGCUCAACCUGCUCGAAAGUGGCAUGAUGGACGCUGGGUUCACCCGCAUAUCCCGGACAUUGACUUGAAUGAUUUUCAACUGACUGAUCUUUCACUUGACCUGUGUUUCAUCGUUUCAUCAGUCUCAGACAGGCCAUCGGUAAGGAGAACGUGUGGCGAACUUGAUCUCAGACGCCGAGACUAGAUUCGGCCAUCACUCGGCCAAUAUCCCAAAGCUUGGCUGGCGCCUUGACAUCUACUACACUACGCAGUAUUCUUCCUGAAGCAUCUCCACCACGGUUACACUAAUAUUUUUCCCCCCACCGUUCAUCCCACGCAAGAACCCCACACAGAAUCCCGGCGAGAAUGUUCCGAAACCCACCGCCCCAAGGUCCCCGGAACCCGUCGGACGACCCCGUCGUCAUCGUCGGCGGGGGCCUUGCCGGCCUGGUGGCCGCGCACGAGCUCUCGCGCCGGCGCGUUCGGACCGUCAUCCUGGACCAGGAGAGCGAGGCCAACCUGGGCGGGCAGGCGUUCUGGUCGCUGGGGGGCAUCUUCUGCGUCGACUCGGCGGCGCAGCGGCGGUGGGGGAUCCGGGACUCGCGAGAGCUGGCCCUCGCCGACUGGAUGGGCUCGGCGCGCUUCGACCGCGACCGCGACGACCGCUGGCCGCGGCGCUGGGCCGAGGCGUUUGUCGACUUUGCCGCUGAUGGCAUGGAGCGCUACGUGAAGGAUAGGGGCAUCUCGUUCAUACAGGUCGGCUGGGCCGAGCGUGGUGAUGGGCGCGCCGGUGGGCAUGGGAACUCGGUGCCGAGGUUCCAUGUCACGUGGGGCACGGGGCCUGAGGUCGUGAGGGCGUUUGCGGAUCCGGUUAGGCGGGCUGCGGAGGAAGGGAUCGUCGAGUUUAGGUUCCGCCACCGCGUGGACGAGAUCAUCAAGGACGCCGAGGGCCGGGCCGUCGGGGUCCGCGGCGUCGUGCUGGAGCCCAGCGAUGGCUUGGCGAGGGGCGUGGCGUCGUCGAGGGAGGUAGUCGGCGAGUUCGAGCUGCGCGGCAAGGCGGUGCUGGUGUCGUCCGGCGGCAUCGGGGGCGACGUAGAGAAAGUCAAGAAGGCGUGGCCGGUGGAUCGGCUGGGCCCCAAGGUGCCCGAGAAUUUUGUCGUGGGCGUGCCGGCGCACGUUGAUGGCCGUAUGAUGGAGAUCGCCAAGGGCGCGGGCGCCAACCUAGUUAAUGCCGACCGUAUGUGGCACUACACCGAGGGAUUGGCGAACUGGAAUCCCAUCUGGCCCAACCACGGAAUCCGAGUGCUUCCGGGCCCCUCGUCGCUCUGGCUUGACGCGACGGGAAAGCGACUGCCUGCGCCCUUCUUCCCGGGGUGCGACACCCUCGGGACUCUACAGUACAUAUGCUCGACCGGCUACGACUACACGUGGUUCAUCCUGGACCGCUCCAUCAUCGCCAAGGAAUUCGCGCUAUCCGGCUCGGAGCAGAACCCCGACAUUACGGGCAAGAGCUAUCUCGGCCUCCUGCAACGCUUCUUCGGUAGCGGCGGGACAGUGCCGGUGCAGAACUUCACCAAGCACGGCCGGGACUUUGUCGUAAGAGACAACCUAGAGGAUCUCGUCAAGGCCAUGAAUGAGCUCGCCGACACAGUCAAUGGCCCCGAGCUCAAGUAUGAGGAGAUCAAAAAGCAGGUGGAGGAGCUGAACCUGCAGACACGCAACCCCUACACCAAGGAUGCGCAGGUGAUGCUCGCGCAGAACGCGAGGAACUACACGCCCGACAACUGGACGCGGGUCGCCAAGAGGCACGAGGUCGGCGACCCGAGCCACGGGCCCAUGAUCGCGGUGCGGAUGAACCUGCUCACGCGCAAGACACUCGGCGGGCUCGAGACGGACCUCAACUCCAACGUUCUCAGGGCGGGCGGCGAGCUGUUCCCGGGCCUCUACGCUGCCGGCGAGGCGGCAGGGUUCGGCGGCGGAGGCGUGCACGGGUACUCGUCGCUCGAGGGGACGUUCCUGGGCGGCUGCAUCUUCUCGGGAAGGGCGGCGGGGAUCGCUAUGGCGAGGGAGGUGCUGGGCGAGGAGGUGCUGCGGGAGGAGGGCUGAUAAGCUGACCGACCAAAAAGGGAUUUGUUUUUUUGGAUGGGUGUUGAUGGGUGUCACUAUGAUGGCGUACCUAGGUAAUCUCAUCUCGUAUCAGAACAUUACCUGACAUGUCAAACAAACUACGGCCGCCUACUUGUAUGCCUACUUAUAUGCCUACUAGUAUGCCUACUGGUAUGCCUAUCGGUGCCCGCUUUCUGGCUAUGUAUGACGGAGUAAUCGGGCACGGCAUCUUACUUGCAGGAAGUGAGGCCGGGACCAACCCUACCUACGUAGGUAAUCUGUACAUAUGUACUGCAUCUGACCCUUGCCUUGUCAUAUAUGUAGCUAAAUUGUCCAUGUUACGUACUGCCCGCAUUCCUUCCCG